GCUAAUAACAAAAAACGGAACUUGUUCAGGCAUAGGGUGUUGCCAGGUGGAUGUUCCUCCGGGAAUGAGGAAUAUCACUAUACAAGCAUCCGGCUUCAAUUUAACGAAAUCGAUGGGAACUUGCACCUAUUCAUUUGUGGCGAAGCAAGACUCCUAUAAUUUUUCUACCACUGAUUUAGAUGCUUUUAAUCACACAGAAUUCCCCUUGGUUCUUGAUUGGACUGUUGGAUACAACAGUUGUGAUGCUUCAAAGAGUGGUACCGACUACGCGUGCAAGAACAAUAGUUACUGCACCGACAAGGACAUAGAUUAUGGCUACCGAUGCACAUGUAUGGCAGGUUAUGAAGGAAACCCAUAUCAUCCCGAUGGCUGCAUAGUUGCAGCAGCAACCAAGGUACAGACCCUGCCUGGCUGCAGCUUCGGUUGUGGAAAUGUCACAAUUCCUUAUCCUUUUGGCAUAGGCAACUCAUCAGUCUUGAUUGCAAUGAUUCUAAACUAUAUUUGGGGAACGUACAAGUUCUAGCCAUCGCCAUCGAGGGUCAAUUGGACGUAAUGUUUAACGUCUCGUUCAAAUGCUAUAACUCAACUGGAAUCAAUUAUUGGAGCAACCCUUGGCUCGACACAGCAAGUUUCAGCAUUUCAAGCAAAGAAAACAAGUUCCUAACCGUAGGCUGUGACAGUUAUGGCUAUCUCAACAGCUUUUACGACGAGCAGUCAUAUUCAACAGGCUGCUUGACAAGAUGUUAUGGCCAUAGAAUAAGGUCAAUCAUCGAAAACGAAACUUGUUCGGGCAUAGGGUGUUGCCAGGUGGACGUUCCUCCGAGAAUGAGGAAUAUCACUGUAGAAGCAUUUGGCUUUUCCAAUUCAACGGAAUCGUUGGAAACCUGCACCUAUUCAUUUGUUGUGAAGCAAGGCUCGUAUAAUUUUUUUGCCACUGAUUUAAAAGCUUUUCCUCACACAGAAUUCCCCUUGGUUCUUGAUUGGACUGUAGGAAACAAGAGCUGCGAUUCUUCAAAGAUUGGUACCGACUACGCGUGCAAGAACAAUAGUCUCUGCGUUGAUGAGGACAUGGAUUAUGGUUACCGAUGCACAUGUAUGGCAGGUUAUGAAGGAAACCCAUAUCAUCCUGAUGGCUGCAUAGAUAUUGAUGAGUGUAAGAGGCCGGGUCAUAAAUGCAUAGAUGAAAAUCACUGUCGGAACACCAAUGGGUCUUACAAAUGCUUUUAUCCUAAGGAAGUACUUACCAAAGUUAUAAUUGGAGCAGCAGCAGGGCUUAUUAUUCUAUUUGUGGGGAUUGCCACCCUGUACUUAACAUACCAGAAAAGGAAACUAAUGAAGCUAAAAGAGAAAUUCUUCCGUGAGAAUGGGGGGUUCAUUUUGCUACAAAAACUCAGUACAAGAGAAGAUUCCUCCCAAACUGCUAAAAUUUUCACAGAAGAUGAACUCAAGAAGGCCACUAACAACUAUGACGAGAGCUUAAUCAUUGGUAGAGGAGGUUAUGGCAUAGUUUUCAAAGGAGUUCUACCAGAUAAACGGAUUGUUGCGAUCAAGAAAUCCAAAAUAGUAGAUAAGAGUCAAAUCGAGCAAUUCAUUAACGAGGUGGUUGUUCUGUCCCAAAUCAUUCAUAGAAAUGUGGUCAAACUCUUGGGAUGUUGUUUGGAAACUGAAGUUCCUUUACUAGUUUAUGAGUAUGUCAGCAAUGGUACCCUUCAUGAUUUGAUUCACAAUGGAGGCAAGGAAGAAAAUGUAACAUGGAAAACUCGUCUAAGGAUAGCAGCAGAGGCAGCUGGAGCUCUGUCUUAUCUGCACUCGGAUGCCUUUGUACCCAUUAUCCACAGAGAUGUAAAGGGUGCCAACAUUCUCUUAGAUGACACUUACAGAGCCAAAGUGUCAGAUUUUGGAGCUUCAAAAUUGGUUCCCCUUGACCAUGCUGAUAUAGCCACAAUGGUGCAGGGAACUCUUGGAUACUUAGACCCAGAGUAUAUGCAAUCACAACAUUUGACAGAGAAAAGUGAUGUAUAUAGCUUUGGGGUAGUGCUUGUAGAGCUGCUAACAGGGGAGAAACCUAUUUCUUUUGACAGGCCAGAAGAGAAAAGAAGCCUAGCUAUGCACUUUCUGUCUUGCUUGAAAGAGGACCGCAUGUUUGAUGUUGUUCAAGCCGGAAUCAUGAAUGAAGAAAAUAAGCAAGAGAUAAAGGAGGUUGCUGUUCUUGCAGCAAAGUGUUUGCGGCUUAAAGGCGAGGAAAGACCAAGCAUGAAGGAAGUGGCUAUGGAGUUAGAGGGAUUAAGGCUAAUGGAGAAGCACCCUUGGACAAAUAAAGAACAAGAUUUGGAGGAGACUCGAUACUUGCUUCACGAGGAAGCUUCAAACAUUUAUUAUGAAUGUGGUGAUAGCAGCAGCCUUCAGAAUACUGGGUAUGAUACCAGUAGGGAUCAUGUAGAGCUGGUUGCCUUGCAAGGUGGAAGAUGAUUAUGGCCUGGCAUUGUACAUGACAUAUUAAGGUUCUGUUACAACAUAUUGUAAUCUUAAAAUGCAAUCCUUUGUUUUUCGUUGAAUGUGUGUGAAACAUCCUAUCUUGUAUUUGCUAAGUACUUAAUAAUAAUCCAGCAGUUCAAUUUUU